GCGCGACCAGGUGAUCAUCCAGGUAGUAUAUACCCGUGAGAUUAACGUACACAUACAUAUCACCUCACACAGACUUUCGCUAAGCCUGUUGCUCGGGCUGAUCGGUUCCAGAGCCGUUAAUUCACUGUCUGUCCACACUGAAAGACUUCUCAUCUUUGUUGUGUAAUCGAGGGUCUUCAUUUAAACAUGCUGAACCCUGGGAUAUACGACGUACCUGUUGUUUUAAGCGUAUCAUGAAAUGACCAUUGGAUUAUAUAGAAGUACUGGACGUAUAAACCAUCGAGAUCAAUGUCGACACCUGGGGUAAGCAGCUUUCACCGAGGGGUGACAGUUGCUCAUCCUAAUGAGUUUGAGUUACAGUACCGACCUAGUGUUAUAGAACAUUUACCUCCACUAAGUGCUCCCAAGAACUCUUUCAGUGAAAAGCCAAAAAUUCUGCAGCGUGGCUCUCGGACCCAGGCAGCACCUCUGAAAGAAGAGAAACACUAUCGCAAGGUCAGCGAUUCCAUUGCCAACAACUACAGUCCAUCAGCUAGUCACCUGACCACUUCAUACAUUUACAACACCUACAAAAAUCGGUAUACUACAGAGGAGAUUUACAACCUCUCUCCACGACAUGUUCAUAAGGGAAGGAGAGCACCAUGCUCUGACGCAGAGCAGAGAGCAUGGACGUCAUCUGCAAAGAUACCUGUUAAUCAGGAUGAAGCUGUUGUACAGGGAACAGAUUCAGCCUCUAAGCUUGUUAACAGAGAGACAGAGCCCAGUGAGAACGGUUACCACAGCAUGUUACCCCCCAUCCACAGUAUGUCCAUGUCUUACACAGAGUCUGAGAACAAACCCACAAGAUUCCAAUAUGAUGGAGAUGGGAUCAAAGCCAUGCACCAAUCCCCAACCUUAUUUAGCACAAGGAACAGCCACAAGGCCCAUUCUGCAACUCAGAAAAAUGAGAAAAUGGCCAAAAUCAUACAAGAACCAGAGAACUGUUCCAAAGCUAUGCAGGAGGCUGGGAAGACCCAGCGGCCAGGUAGUGCAGAAGCCUUUGGUAACAGUGCAGCCAGCAUGACAGAUAGCCUGGACAGUGGCAGACCCCUUUCUGCUUACAUAUCUGACAUGCCAACACUACAGGAGAGCUCCUCUCAUGAAAACAGCACGAACUGCGCAAGAAGGGAAGACUCCUCAAUGCACACGACUAAAGAGGACAUGUCGCGCACACACGACCCGCAAACUGCAGCUGCUCUCAGUGUGCAGUUUCCGCCAUAUUACUUCUCCACAUUAGGACUCUCCAGGCCUCCCACACCUGAGGACAACCACAAAAUCAGGUAUUAUCAUCUGAUGGAAACCUCAAUAAACCCAGAAAUGAUUACACCAGUCGGCAGAGAAAGACUGAAAGGAGUUCAUCGAUUUGUACCUUCAAAACUACGUAAAAGACUGUCUAAAGCAUCAGUAAAGUUUGAACAGGAAAUGGAAGAAGAUCACAACAAGGCAAUACGGAAAGCUGUGCUGGAUUACCUGUUAUUAGAUAAAGGAGAACAAGAGAGGCUGGGUGUGCCAGUCCCUGCAAAGCGAUCCCAUUCAGCAGGACGUCUCCCAUUUCCAUGGCAUGAAAGUGUUCAGCAAACUCGCAGGUUUAUGUCCAUUGAUCUCUACAUCACUCAUCCUGUUAUGCCAGCCAUUUUGUACCAUUUUGAAUCUAAGUAUGGAAAGUUUCGGCUCAUGGACAUACCUGUGUUGAAAGACAUAAUGCCUGUCACAAUGGAGGCAUUUUUGACAAAUGUGCAGGAGUCUAGCAAAGCAGGCGCAGCACGAUUGCGCUCCCACUGGCUGCAGGAGUGUAUUGAGAUCAUCAACUGUAGGAGAGAUGAUGUGGAAGCAUGGAUGCCACGCCAAACUAAUGAUCAAACCAUUAGCCAGCGAAUGGACAAAAUGGAUCACUUUUUCAACAGUGUAGCUUCAUUGAUGUCCAAUCUCUUAAGGAAGUGUGUGAAAAAGUCUAUUUAUGACUUAGUGAGGCUUCUAGAGGAAUAUGCUGAUGGAAAUGCCUACACUGGAGAGUACCAUAUCUUCUCUCAGCUAGCUUUGCCAGGUGUAACACACCUUGUCACUGUGUUCAUGGAUAAGGACAUGUCAAAAAUGGAGACAGAUUUCAGUCCGAACUUUGGGCAGCUGUACAAGUUUUUCUGUGAAAUCAUUGACACGAUGGUGCAUAGUGUGGAGGGUUUGCCCAGAGUGGAGCAGCAACUUUUCCAGGAAGUGGAGGACCUGGAGCCCAGGUAUCUCAGCACAGUACAGGUAGAUGAAGAUCUGGUGAGAGAAGCCAAGCAGAGGGUUCUUACAAUUUUGACAGUGAACAGCCAGGGACCCAUCAAGUACAAAUCUGUGUACGAGCCUUAUCAUGACCUUUUGUCCAAAGAGACGGAUGUUAGGGUGGAGAAGUUUAUUAGUUUAGAACAUCCUUUACGGAACUAUGUUCGAGAAAUAGAGAGACUGAAACUGAUGGCAUCUGAGAUUGCCUCUCUGCCAGUUUAUGUACCCAUGCACUUUUUCCUCGUGGACUGCUCUCACCUGAAUCAGUGGCUGAUUGAUCGGGCUCGACACUUGAUUGGGAUCAUGAUUGACAACAUAGUGUUGACAAGUCGGAAGUUUAAUCGUGGUAUCUGCACACAGUAUGAUGAGAUUGUAUUUAAAAUCACUCGUCAGUCUGAGACUACAACAGAGCUGGUGACACUACAGGACUACGUGGAGGGUUUGUGGUGCAAAGAGCUUCUACACCUCAAGGACAAGUUAGAACUGGCAGCUGGUAAUCUUCUCUUCUUGAUGGACUAUGCUUACCUGGAGAAGGAUGACAUGCUGCUGAAUGACAACACCUUCACUUGGCCAGACCGCAUCAUACCCAUGAUCAAAAACACAGAGAUGAAGCUGCAGAAAGAACAUGAAUAUGCUACGAUGAAGCUAAGAGACUGGCAGAAUAGGUUCAAAUCCACUCUGCAGGAAAUUGCCAAGAGGCUCAAGGAAUUCAACACAAAGGACAGAAUGGCUGAGGCUGAGCUUUACCUGGAGGAGCUGACCGACAUAGGCAAGAAGCUGGAGGAGUACAAUAAGGAGAAACUGUUGAUAAACAGAGAAGAGCAGAUGUUGGGUACAGGGCAACAGACUCCGUAUGAGGAGAUCCACACAAUGACCUUGAGAAAAGAACCUUAUGACAGAUUGUGGAGGGCAGCAGUCAAGUUCCACAAGGAGUAUGAUAAAUGGAUGAAUGGUCCAGUGCUGGAGGUCAAUGCUGAGGUCGUUGAAGAGGAGGUGCAAACCCUGUGGAGGACAGCAUACAAACUGACCAAGAUCUUCAGCCACCCAGACUACAAGGGCCCCUUAAGGGCAGCUACAACAAUCAAAACAAAACUGGAGAAGUUCAAGAUAAACAUGCCUCUGAUAAAUGCUCUUUGUAACCCAGGCCUUAAGAAACGGCACUGGGAUAUGAUGAAUGAAAAGGUUGGGUUUAACAUGUCCCCAAGCGAGUCUACUCCACUGAUUGAGGUACUGCAGAUGGGGCUGGAGAAAUAUUUGGAGGAGUUGACAGAGAUCAGCUCCCAAGCCAAUAAGGAAUUUUCCCUGGAAAAGGCUCUGAAGAAGAUGAAGAAUGACUGGGAAGUUGUAGAGUUUAACUUCAUUGCAUACAAGGACACAGGUGUUCACAUUUUGUCUGCCAUUGAUGAUGUCCAGUUGCAGCUGGACGACCAUGCUGUGAAGACAUCCACCAUGAAGGGCUCUUCCUUCAUUGGGCCCUUUGAGCAGGAGAUCAAUGAGUGGGACCAUAAACUGCACCGAAUGAAGGCAACCCUGGACUCCUGGUUGAAAGUUCAGUCUGCCUGGCUGUAUCUGGAGCCUAUCUUCAGUUCUCAGGACAUCAGAAACCAGAUCCCCAUGGAGGGGAAGCUGUUUGAAGAGGUGGACGACCAUUGGAGAACCAUCAUGAACACUGCUGUUCUUGACCCCAAAGCUCUUGUUGUUAUCUCUCAGGACCAGAUGCUGGAAAAGCUCCAGCAGUCUGAGUCUAUGUUAGAGGUUAUACAGAGAGGUCUGAAUGAUUAUCUGGAGAAAAAGAGGCUGUUCUUUCCCAGGUUUUUCUUCCUGUCCAAUGAUGAGCUGUUGGAGAUCCUAUCAGAAACCAAGGAUCCACUGAGAGUGCAGCCGCACCUGAAGAAGUGCUUUGAGGGGAUUUCCAAGCUCUCAUUUACACCUGAAAAGGUGAUUACAGGCAUGGAGUCUGCAGAGAAGGAGGUGGUUGAGUUUUCUCGUAUCAUUACACCUGAUGAAGCUAAGGGGCUAGUGGAAAUCUGGCUUUCACAGGUGGAGGAGGUGAUGAAGCUGAGUUUGCGUGAGGUGAUGGUGAAGGCAGUAGACUCUUAUCAAAAGACCAAACGCGAGGAGUGGGUGUUACAGUGGCCAGGUCAGGUAGUCCUCGCCAGCAGCCAGAUACACUGGACUGCACAAGUCACACAGGCAAUCCAGACCUGUAGUUUAAGCAAAUUUUUAGCCAGCAGUAACCGUCAGAUAGAAGAUGUGGUAAAGCUGGUGCGUGGGAGACUUUCCAAGAUGGCGAGGAUAACCCUUGGGGCUCUGAUCGUUAUUGAUGUUCACGCUCGUGAUGUGGUGGCAAAACUUCAUGAAUCACAGACCCAGUUUCCUCAGGAUUUCAUCUGGAUAAGUCAGUUAAGGUAUUACUGGCAGAAGAAGGCUGUCUCUGUCCACAUGAUCACCACCAAGGUAGACUAUGCCUAUGAGUACCUGGGAAACUCUGGCAGGCUUGUUAUAACACCUCUAACAGACAGGUGCUACAGAACUUUGAUGGGUGCCCUUCUUCUCAACCUGGGAGGUGCCCCAGAAGGACCUGCGGGUACAGGGAAGACAGAAACCUCAAAGGAUCUUGCCAAAGCAGUUGCCAAACAGUGUGUGGUGUUUAAUUGCUCUGAUGGACUGGAUUACAAAGCAAUGGGGAAGUUCUUCAAAGGACUAGCUCAGUCUGGAGCUUGGGCCUGCUUUGAUGAAUUCAACAGGAUUGAACUAGAGGUUCUGUCAGUCAUUGCACAACAGAUACAGACAAUCCAGCGAGCAAUUGCAGAGCAGCUGAGCACGUUUGUGUUUGAGGGCACGGAAAUCUCCCUCGACCCUACCUGUACCAUCUUCAUCACGAUGAACCCUGGGUAUGCUGGCAGAGCUGAGCUACCAGACAACCUGAAGGUCUUGUUCCGGACAGUGGCCAUGAUGGUUCCAGACUAUGCCAUGAUUGCUGAGAUAUCUCUGUACUCUAUGGGCUUUGUGGAUGCUCGGAGCCUCUCCACCAAAAUUGUGGCCACAUACCGACUGUGUUCUGAACAGUUGUCGUCUCAACAUCACUAUGAUUAUGGUAUGAGAGCAGUGAAGUCAGUGCUGACAGCAGCAGGAAAUCAGAAACUGAAGUACCCUGAACAAAGAGAAGAUGUCCUUGUGCUACGGUCAAUCAAAGAUGUUAAUUUACCCAAGUUUCUGUCCCACGACAUCCCACUGUUUGAGGGAAUCAUCUCUGAUCUGUUCCCUGAGGUCACGCUCCCUCAACCAGAGUACGGCCAGCUGGAGAACGCCCUCAAGGAUAACAUCCUCAAGAUGAAUCUACAGCCAGUCCCAUGGUUCAUUGAGAAAAUCAUGCAGAUCUAUGACAUGAUUCUGGUACGUCAUGGCUUGAUGGUAGUAGGGGAUCCUAUAGGGGGCAAAACAUCAGGCCUGAAGGUUCUGGCAGGAGCCCUUCAGGACCUUAACAGCCAACAGCUCAUGGACGAGUACAAGGUGGUGUACAGAAUCAUGAACCCUAAGGCGAUCACCAUGGGACAGCUGUAUGGCAGGUUUGAUCCUGUAUCACACGAAUGGUCAGAUGGUGUGUUAGCUAACACAUUUCGUGAGCAUGCCUCAAGCACCACAGAGGAUCGUAAGUGGAUCAUAUUUGAUGGACCUGUUGAUGCUGUCUGGAUUGAGAACAUGAAUACAGUGCUGGACGAUAACAGGAAGUUGUGCCUGAUGAGUGGAGAAAUCAUACAGAUGUCAAAUAAACAGAACAUGAUAUUUGAACCUCAAGAUUUAGAACAGGCUUCCCCUGCGACUGUGAGCAGAUGUGGAAUGAUUUACAUGGACCCGCUACAACUCGGUUGGAAACCUCUUGUGAUAUCUUGGAUGAAUGAAAACUUGCCAGACAAUUUUACAAAGGAGCAGAAAGCAAUGAUUGAAAUGUUAUUUGAUUGGCUACUACCACCGUGUUUGAACUUUGUGACAAAGUACUGUAAGCAGAUUGUGACCUGCCACGCGAUGCACCUCACAAUGAGCAUGCUCAAGCUGUAUGGUUGUAUGAUGGAUGAUAUCAGAAAAAUUGGCCUUGAAGAAGAGGAUGAUGAUUACCUGAUGAUGGAGCCUAUGGAUGAAGAAAUGGAGCCAAGUGUCUUGUCCGUCAGUGAGCAGAAGAUUGUAGAAGAACGGACCAGCAUGAUUAUCGCACAGUUCCUGUUUUCCCUGGUUUGGUCAGUUGGGGCUUCGCUUGAUGGAGCUUCCAGGCUGCGCUUUGAUGAUUUCUUCAAACACCUGUGUGAGAUGGAAGGUGGUCAUGCCAAAUAUCCAAGGCCAAAAGAGUUGAAGUUUGCCAAAUCAUGCUUGAUUCCCAAGAGAGGAACUGUGUUUGACCAUGUCUAUGUUCGCCGACUGUAUGGUGCCUGGGCAGGCUGGGCCACUCUUGUCAAACCUGUCAACAUCAAAGAGGGCACUAAGAUCAACGAGUUAAUAAUUAACACAGUGGAGACAGAGAGACAGCGGUACUUUCUGGAUAAGCUGGUGCCUCAAGGAAGACCGCUACUGUUUGUUGGUCCCACUGGGACUGGGAAGAGUGCUAUCACAAACAGUUACCUCCUGGAUCUCCCUCGGGAUAAAUUUGGAAUAAACAACAUCAACUUCUCUGCCCAGACAUCCGCGAAUCAAACACAAGACAUUAUUUUCUCCAAGCUUGACAGGAGGAAGAAAGGUGUGUAUGGGCCACCCCCAGGUAAGAAGCAGUGUGUUUUUGUGGAUGACCUGAACAUGCCAGCUAAGGAGCGUUACGGGGCCCAGCCUCCCAUAGAAAUCCUGAGGCAGUGGAUAGAUCACGGCUACUGGUUUGACAGGAAAGACACCAGCGUGCUGGAGCUGGUUGAUGUGAUCAUGUUAGCUGCCAUGGGACCCCCAGGUGGCGGAAGAAACACUGUCACUCCGAGAUUCCUUCGGCACUUUAACAUCAUCGGAAUUGAAUCCUUCAGCGAGGAAACAAUGAAGAACAUAUUUGCCCCAAUCCUUGAUUGGCAUUUCUUGACUUAUGAGACUGCUCAAAGAAGGUUUUCACGUAUUAUUGUUGCUGCCACAACUGAGAUAUACCAGAAUGCCAUCACAAAUUUCCUUCCCACACCCUCCAAGUCCCAUUACAUCUUCAAUCUGAGAGACUUCUCCAGGGUUGUACAGGGCUGCUUGCUGCUAAAGAAGGAGGUGGUGGAAGACGGUGUGGCAGGGUCCCAGAAGAUCACACGCCUGUGGGUGCAUGAGGUCUACAGGGUGUUCUAUGACAGGCUUGUGGACGAUAACGACAGACAAACAUUCUUCGGCCUUGUCAAGCAUGCAGUGGAGUCACAGUUCAAAGAGAAGAUUAAUUCUGUGUUCGCUCAUCUAUGUGUCCCAGGAAAAUCACUGAAAGACGACAACAUUAGGAACCUGAUGUUUGGAAAUUACAUGAAGUCUGUAGAUGAAGAAAGGUUCUAUGAUGAAAUCACAGACAUGAAUAGACUGAGAACGGUGGUUGAAGGAUACUUAGAAGAGUACAAUGUUAUGACCAAAGCUCCGAUGGAUUUGGUGAUGUUUGGAUUUGCUAUAGAGCACAUCUCCCGCAUCAGCCGGGUUCUCCUGCAGCCAAAUGGACAUUGUCUUCUUGUGGGCAUUGGUGGCAGUGGUCGGCAGAGUGCGUCGCGACUGGCAGCUUUCAUAUCAGACUUUGAGCUUUUCCAGAUUGAGAUUACAAAGACUUACACUGUUCUGGACUGGAGAGAUGAUUUACGCAGGAUGAUGCGCCGGGCCGGCGAUGAAGGAGUCUCCACUGUCUUUCUGUUCGGAGAUCACCAGAUUAAGGAUGUGUCUUUUUUGGAGGACAUCAAUAUGAUCCUGAAUACAGGAGACAUUCCGAAUCUGUACGACAAUGAAGAGAGGCUGGAAAUCAUUGAACGAAUGCAAAUUGUAACUCAAAAUGAGAGAUCUAACUUGGAGAUCACACCUCUGAACAUGUAUAACAAGUUCAUAGAGCGUAUUCGGCGGAACCUUCACUUGGUGCUGGCAUUUAGCCCUAUCGGAGAUGCCUUCAGGAACCGCCUACGAAUGUUCCCCUCGCUCAUCAACUGCUGCACUAUUGACUGGUUUCAGGCAUGGCCAGAUGAUGCUCUGGAGCUGGUGGCGCACAAGUUUCUGGAUGAUGUAGAGAUGUCUGAGAUAGUUCGGGAGGAAACUGUGGGCAUGUGUCAGCACUUCCACCAAAGUGUGCGUGCCCUUUCUGAAAGGUAUUUUGAUUCGGUGAGGCGAGUGAACUAUGUGACUCCCACGUCCUACCUGGAACUGAUUAAGACCUUCAAGAAUCUGCUUGCCAAGAAACGGCUGGAGAUUCUGACACUUAAGGACAGGUACUCUGUUGGCCUGGAGAAGCUGGAAUUCUCAGAACAGCAGAUCAACGUGAUGCAGCAGGACCUGGUGGAACUGAAGCCCAAGUUGAUCCAGACCAGCGAAGAGACGGAGGAGCUUAUACAGACCAUUGAGAAGGAGACAGCAGAGGUUGAACAGGUCAAGGCCAUUGUGGAGGAAGAUGAGGCUGUCGCUAAUGCCUCUGCGAUGGAGUCCAAGGCCAUUAAGGAUGAAUGUGAAGCAAAGCUAGCCAUUGCAAUGCCUGCCAUGAACGCUGCCAUUGCUGCUCUGGACACGCUCAAACAGAAUGACAUCACGAUUGUGAAGACCAUGCAGAACCCACCACAAGGGGUCAAGGUCGUCAUGGAGGCUGUCUGUAUUAUGAAGGGAAUCAAGCCUGAAAAAAAGUUUGAUGCCCAUGGGAGACCAUUUGAGGACUACUGGCCACCUGCAAAGAAGAUGUUAGGAGACAUGAAGUUUCUGGAGUCACUCAAGGAAUAUGACAAAGACCACAUACCUUCUCCUGUCAUGAAAAAGAUCCGAGAAAAUUAUAUCAACAACCCAGCCUUUGAUCCUGCCAUCAUCAAAAAUGUCUCUUCUGCAUGUGAAGGGCUAUGCAAAUGGGUACGCGCCAUUGACGUCUAUGAUAGUGUGAACAAGGUGGUAGGCCCAAAGCAGGAGAGCUUGAGGAAAGCAGAAGGAAUUCUGGAGGAGCAGAUGAGCAAGCUGAAAGAGAAACAAGAAGAACUGAGAACUGUAACAGAGAAACUGCAGGGACUGGAAGACAACUUCCACACCAAGCUCAAGGAAAAACAGAACUUGGAGAACAACAUUGAACUGACCAAAGUGAAGAUAGAGAGGGCAGAAAAGCUCAUCAGUGGUCUUGGUGGAGAGAGGGAUAGGUGGACUCAGAACAUAAAGGAACUUUCAGAGACGUUUGAUAAUGUUGUGGGGGAUGUUUUACUGUCAGCGAGUGUCGUCGCUUACCUGGGACCUUUCAUCCUUUCUUACAGACAGGAAUGUUUACGGGAGUGGUACAGCCUGUGUAAGGACAGGGGAAUCCCGCUAUCAAAGCACUUCUCCCUCUCAAAUACACUUGGGGAUCCUGUGAAAAUAAGGGAGUGGCAAAUAGCAGGGCUUCCCGUUGACAACUUUUCAGUGGACAAUGGGAUCAUCGCGGUGAGUGCUAACAGAUGGCCAUUGAUGAUUGACCCUCAGAGCCAGGCCAAUAAGUGGGUGAAGAACAUGGAGCGAGCACAUAAGCUGGAGGUGAUCAAACUAUCAAACUCCAACUACAUACGGACACUGGAAAAUUGUCUUCAGUUUGGAAACCCUUGCCUGCUUGAAAAUGUUGGGGAAGAGCUCGACCCAUUUCUGGACCCUGUCUUACUCAGACAAACUUUCAAACAGAAUGGACUGGACUAUAUUCGCCUAGGUGACCAGAUAGUGGAAUACAGCCGUGACUUCAAGUUGUAUAUCACAACUUGCCUUAGGAAUCCUCAUUAUUUACCUGAGGUGUCAGUAAAGGUAACCCUGCUGAACUUCAUGAUCACACCACCUGGGCUUGAGGACCAGCUGCUGGGAAUUGUAGCUGCUAAAGAGAAACCUGACCUGGAAGAGAAGAAAAAUCAGCUGAUCAUAGAAGGGGCGCGGAACAGACGGCAGCUUAAGGAGAUAGAGGACAAGAUACUUGAGGUCCUCUCCUCAUCUCAGGGUAACAUAUUGGAGGAUGAGACCGCCAUUGAUAUUUUGUCGUCCAGUAAGGUGUUAUCGGAGGAAAUCUCAGAGAAGCAGGAGGUAGCCAGCAAGACAGAGGUGGAGAUUGAUGCUGUGAGAAACAAGUACAAACCGGUUGCCAAACAUAGCAGUAUGCUGUUCUUCACCAUCUCAGACCUGGCUAACAUAGACCCUAUGUACCAGUAUUCGCUGGCCUGGUUUAUUAACCUCUAUUUACAAUCAAUAAUAAAUAGUAAGAAGUCAGAGGAUGUUGUGGAAAGGAUUGUGAACCUGAAUGCUCACUUCACCUAUAGCAUAUACCAGAACAUCUGUCGGUCUCUGUUUGAAAAAGACAAACUCCUCUUCUCCUUCCUGCUCUGUAUUGGAAUUGCCAAGGCUCAGGGUGAUGUUGAUGACCGAGAGUGGAGAUUCCUGCUGACUGGGGGUGUGGCCUUGGAGAACCCCUUUCCUAACCCUGCAUCCUCGUGGCUGCCAGAGAAGUCCUGGGCAGAGAUUGUUCGCUGCUCCGACCUUCCUGCAUUUAAAGGCUUUAUGGAACACUUUCAGCAUAAUCUGUCAGAGUGGAAAAAGAUGUAUGAUUCUCCCACGCCCGAGCUGGAGAAAUGCCCCAAACCGUGGUGUGACAUGCUGAACAGGAUGGAGGAACUACUUGUUCUACGCUGUCUCAGGCCCGACAAGAUGGUGCCAGCUGUUCAGAUGUUUAUUGUGGAGAGACUGGAAAACAAGUAUAUAGAUCCUCCAACCUUUGAUCUUUCUCUAAGUUAUGAAGACUCCAGCUUCUUCUCGCCUCUUAUCUUUGUCUUGUCUCCUGGAGCGGAUCCCAUGGCCAGUCUCUUCAGGUUUGCAGAAGAAAAAGGGAUGGGAGGGAAAAGCUUGCAGACAAUUUCUAUGGGCCAAGGUCAGGGACCUAUUGCUGAGAAAAUGAUAGCCGAGGCAACAGAGAAUGGCACCUGGGUUGUCUUGCAGAACUGUCACCUGGCUGCCUCGUGGCUCCCUGACUUGGAGUGGAUCUGUGAAAGUAUGAUCACUGAUAGCAGCAAGACCAAACCAUCUUUCAGGCUCUGGCUAACGAGUUAUCCCUCACCAGAGUUCCCUGUACCUGUUCUCCAGAAUGGUGUGAAGAUGACCAACGAGCCCCCCAAAGGGCUUCGUGCUAACCUGCUGAGGUCAUAUCUGAAUGACCCUAUAUCUGAUCCCCGCUUUUUCCAACAUUGUAACAAACCACAUGUGUUUGAGAAGUUGCUUUUUGGCCUUGUAUUCUUCCAUGCCCUGGUUCAAGAGAGAAGGAAGUUUGGACCCUUGGGGUGGAACAUUCCUUAUGAAUUCAAUGAGUCUGACCUGAGAAUCUCUGUGCGGCAGCUAGAGAUGUUUGUGAAUGACUAUAGCGAGCCACCCCUAGAGGCAUUGUCUUACCUGACAGGUGAAUGUAACUAUGGGGGGCGGGUCACUGAUGACCAUGACAGGCGCCUCAUUAUUAGCCUACUGACCAUCUUCUACUGCAAGGAGAUCAUCACUGAAGAUGAUUACAAACUCUCUGCCAGUGGAAUGUAUUAUGCCCCGGAAAAAGGCAGCUACGAUGAUUACCUUGAGUACAUCAGAAGUCUGCCGCUCAUUCCACACCCAGAGGUGUAUGGACUUCAUGAGAAUGCAGACAUCACAAAGGAUCAACAGGAAACCACUCAGCUGUUUGAGGGCAUCCUACUUACACUUCCAAGACAAUCCUCACUGGGAAAGCCAAAAAUGCCAGGGUUUGGAAAAUCCUCCCAGGAGAUUAUUGAGGAGCUGGCCAGUGACAUCCUAUCCAAAAUACCCCCUGAUUUCAACCUUGAAGAGGUCCAGAGCAAGUACCCUGUCCGUUAUGAGGAGUCCAUGAACACAGUGCUGGUUCAGGAACUGAUCCGGUUUAACAGACUUAUCAGGGUGAUCCGACAGAGUCUGAAGGAUAUCCGCAAAGCCAUCAAGGGGCAAGUGGUCAUGUCUGCCGAGCUUGAGGACGUCUUUGACAGUAUGCUGGUUGGAAAGGUACCAGCCAUGUGGGGAGCCAAGUCAUACCCGUCCCUGAAGCCACUGGGCAGUUAUGUGACAGACCUCCUGGCUCGUCUCACCUUCUUCAAGGACUGGAUAUUUGGUGGUGUACCCAUUGUCUUCUGGAUAUCAGGCUUUUAUUUCACCCAGUCAUUCCUGACUGGAACACUGCAGAAUUACGCCCGCAGAUACAAGAUACCCAUAGAUCACCUUGGUUACCAGUUCGAGGUGAUGAAGUGGGAGUCCAAGAUGGCAGCUAAACCUGUCAAUGGUGCUUAUGUCCAUGGCCUGUUCAUGGAAGGUGCUCGCUGGAGCAGGACAAAUUCUGUCAUUGAAGAGUCACUGCCGAAGAUUCUGUACGACCCCAUGCCUGUUAUUUGGUUAAAACCAGGUGAAAAGGCCAAAUUUGUACAUGAUCAGACAUAUUCUUGUCCAGUGUACAAGACAAGUGCCAGACGAGGCACUCUGUCCACUACUGGUCACUCCACCAACUAUGUUCUGGAUAUACUCCUUCCCACGAACAAAGGGGAAAAUCACUGGAUCAACAGGGGUGUGGCCAUGCUGUGUCAGCUGGAUGAUUAAAAUUAAGUAAGCCUAACCCAGUAUAUACAUGUAUGUAUUUGUUUCAGAAGGUUCAUUCAGGAAGAGCCAUGCUUUGUCUUCUUGUUAAGUGUUGUACUGGUAAAUACAUGUAGAUGGUAAUUUAAGCUCAUGUGAGGUGUGUUCCAUUGUUGUUUCACAUAUUAACGCAACAGUUACUAUAUUAUUUUACUCAUGUAGCAUUAUACCAGAAGGCAAUGCCAAAUAUUGUUAAUUUUAGGCAUCAGCACAUUGCAACAGAAUGUGAGUUUGUGAACAGGGAAUUUCUACAAUUAAUGUUAUGCAACAAAGGUAUUUGUCAUUUACUCUCUGUCCUUCACAAACAUAAGGUGUUGUACCUGUAAUUUGGACACCUUAGCCAAUAAGUGUGACAUGUAGAGGUCAUGUUUGUUAGUUCAUCCAUCCAUCUUAGAACCACUAUUUUAAUUUGUCGGAUAUACAUGUACAUGUAACACAGAUGUAAAGAGGGUUAAGGCCCUCAAACUUAAAUGCUAUUGAUAUUAAGGAUAAUUUGCCUAUUUGGUUGUCUCUGAACAGUUGUUGGGUUGUUUGGUGAACUUUUUGCCCCUUUACUGAUGACAUCAGCUGUAGCUUAUUUGUGACCUUAUGAUCAAACAGCACCUAGCAGUUUUGUUGUGAGGAAUUUGUGGUUAGUCUUUGUUCAGUUAAAGCUACAAUAUUUUAGAGGGUACUAGUUUUUGUUGUUUGGUCAUACAGUUAAUAAUUCAUUGGACAGAUGAAGUAUUUAGGAUAGUACCAGGCCUUGUUAGGAAGAAAUUGUGAGAUUAUGCGUUCCAAAUGCAUAAUAACAAAAAGUGACAGGCUUAAAAGAGUGAAUUGACCAUGGUUAUUAGAAGACUAACAACAUAUUUGAAGCUAAAAUUUGGCUAUAUUUAACUGUAUAAAACAUCUAAAUCAGCCUUUUAUGGUUUUAUUAACUGGAAAAUAUAUAUUAUCGUUAUAUUGUGAUAGGAAACCAGGUUGGGUUAUUCAGCAGAAAGUUUAGUUUUAAGACAAGACGUGGCUAGUUUGACACACCGAGUCAGUACAACUUUCUGGGUAUGAUUUAGUUGAAAUUACUACAACUUAAGUACCAACCCGAGAAGUAUGGAGACACAAACUUUGAACAACAAAACCUGUCAUUUGGUAUUAAUGUUCCUGCUGUCAAGGAAAUCUUCAUGUUUAAUGUAUUGAUAAGGUGGACUUUAGUGUUAUUUAUACCUGGCACAUAUACAUGUGACGAGAAACUCAAAGACAAGGUCCAAAGAAGGUCCAGAUGACAGUAGAAGACUGUUCUCUACUGUGAUGUUAUUGUGUGUGUACUUCAUAUAUGUUUUGUGAGCACACAUAUGCCA